AUGCAGGGGCUGCAGUUGUCGUAUCCCCCAGCCCAAUUCAACUUUCAGAUUACCUUCGGUUUAGAUUCGGUGGUGCCAAUUGAGCGACUCUUCCGGUUCUUUGCCCUGGAAUCUUUGGUGUUGGACCCUGGGAGGACACUUUUUCCUCUUCAAGUUCCUCGUGACCUGGAGGUCGACGUGACCCCAUCGCAGUGGCGCAAGUAUAAGCCAGACUGGGAAUCGGCCUUUAAUGAGGAUUACGAGUACAUCGUCUUCCUGCCAGAGGGCCUGUACGCACAAGUCUACACUCAUAUGACUCGUGCCUUCCCCGAUCACAUAGUCCAAUGCCACGGAGAUGGACGUGUUGCCAAGGUGGACGUUCGGGUGAAGCCAAUGGCAUUUGCCGACCUGGCUGAUGCCCUUUACCAGGUUCAGUCAGAAGUUGACUCUCUCCAUGCUGAGGUUGCGAAGAUGCGGCGAUGCCAGGAAUUGUUGUUCCACAAUCUUGCAACCGUCACAAAAGACUGGAUGGAGGUCAAUCCUGAACUUGCUGACCGUCUUCAUCCAUCGACGCCCCAGUCCUGGAUUGCACCACGAUCAGAAGAAGAUUGA